AUGUCGGCAGUCUAUCGGGCGGUAAUUGCAGCCGUUGAUAAAAAGGUUCCUGCUCGAAUCAAACCUUUAUGGGAUCAUCCUGCGGGACCUAAAACCAUAUUUUUCUGGGCGCCUACUUUCAAAUGGCUUCUUGUUAUAGCUGGUUUAGCAGAUAUUAACCGACCAGUUCAGAACGUCAGUUUAUAUCAAAGCACAGCGCUUGCAGCAACAGGUCUCAUAUGGUCUCGUGUAAACGCCUUUGUUGCUCUAACUGGAUUAUAUCAACUAGCAAGAAUCGCUCAGUAUAAUGUUUAAAAUCAGGAAGUAAAGACACCAGAAGAUAUACCUUGAAAUAUGUUGAAUUUAGUGUCAAAUACAUUCACAUUUUAUCUUUUUUGCUCACCAACAUUUCCUAGACAAGUGGCUACACAUUACUGUAGUGAACGAGAACUCAUGUUGGGAAAACCAAUUUAUUGUUUGAUGCAAAAUUACACAGUGGCUUAGUAAAAUGUGAAAUACAUCAUUUGCGCAUCUUCUUUGCGUUAUCCUUUCUACACUCCAUUAUCCCUCUAAUCCUGUUGUAAUCACAAUUGCUCUCCGUUUCCCUUCAUGUUCUCUUCAAUUCAAUCUUCUACUGGCAGGCAUUUUACUUCCGAC